GGCCCUUGCCCCCCCCCCUCCCACUUUUCCCCUUCACGAAGCCGGGUCCCGGGCGCGCUCACCCCUGUGAGGAGGCCGGAGGCCGGACUCGGGAGGCGCCCACUCCACUCCCGGAAGAUCAUGUACCAUCCCAGUCGGGGGGCGGCCCGGCGUCUUGGCCCCUGCCUCCGCGCCUACCAGGCUCGACCCCAGGAUCAGCUUUCUCCACGGACUCUACCAUUCCCACCCCUCUGGCCCCACUCUACAACAGUUACUUCUCCAUCUUCUCCUCUUUUCUGGUCCCCUCCACCCCCACAUCCUCCAACCCGGUCUCCUUCCCAGGUUUUCCCUCUUCCUCUCUCUCAGGUCCUGACCCUCAACUCAUCAUGGGUGGUUCUCCCUCCAGAAAAGGAGGAGGAGGGUCCAGGACCUGAACUGCACAAUGGAUGCCUUGAUGGGCUUAGGAGCCUUUUUGAGGGACCUCCUGGGGCUUUGAUACCUUUCCAAGCCCCUGGAACUGCCCACCCUUCCCCUGCCACCCCUUCAGGAGAUCCUAGCAUGGAGGAGCACCUGGCUGUGAUGUAUGAGAAACUAAGACAAGAGCUUCCCAACCUCUUCCUUCACUCCCACGACUAUUCUCUCUAUUCAUCAGAUGUGGAAUUCAUCAAUGGGAUCCUCAACAUUCGAACCAAAGGCCGGGCAUGGUAUAUUCUGUCUCUAACCCUUUGUCGCUUCCUGGCUUGGAACUACUUUGCACAACUUCGGUUGGAGAUUCUACAACUAACCCGCCACCCUGAGAAUUGGACACUGCAAGCCCGCUGGCGGCUUGUAGGAUUACCCAUCCACAUGCUCUUCCUGCGUUUCUACAAGCGGGAUAAAGAGGAGCUUUAUAGGACCUACGAUGCCUAUUCCACCUUCUACCUGAAUUCCAGUGGCCUCAUUUGCCGUCAUCACUUAGACAAAAUGAUGCCUUCGCAUUCACCUCCAUCGCCUGUGAAGAAGCUGCUAGUGGGAGCUCUGGUGACUCUAGGGCUGUCAGAGCCAGAGCCCAACCUAAAUGUAUGUCCCAAGGCCUGAGCCAGAAGGCAGGUGGGGCAGCACUGAAAACGUCGCUACGCACAAGAGGAGGUGGAGGCAGCCAAAGAUCUCCAGACCAGCUGCCUCC